AUGCUUUGUGCUAGCUGCACCGUGGAUGGUCAUUGGGCGAUGCCUUUUCACAAAGUUGAGGAAUGGACAGGUACCUACUUCAAAAGAACGACUCUGGCGAACCUCGGCCUAGUAAUACAGUUAGGUCACCGACUUGGCCAGAAAUGUGUUCUUCCAGCCAUCGUCAAAUCCUUUGUGGUAAUUGAUGUUGAUGGUAUUCAUACAGUGCAGAUGGGAUUUUGCAACUGUACACAAUCCAUUGAGCAACAGGUUCAAUUACUUAGGAGCCGCCUGUGGCCCACGACAACAAUUUAUCCUCAAACGGCUGCCACAUUUCAUGUUCUCCACCUAUUUCAAGUUUUGUCUUUCAUGUCCAAGGUUUCUGCAUACGAGUUUUAUCACACACUGGCAUGCCUCUCAGAUAACACUGGACUAUAUACACCCCCAGAUCGGUAUGAUACCUUCCUAUGGAUAAUGUGCGAGUGGCAUCACUUGUGCUCUUUGAAACGUUUCAGCCGUGGCCAUGAACCUGGUGGGAUUGCAGAGACGAGGCCUGGUGAAUUGGUACUAUGUUGUCCUGCCUGUCCCCAUCCUCAUGUGAAUCUACCCCGUGGUUGGAACGAAAACCUAGGAAAACAUUGGCUGUAUCGCCUCUUUCUUGCAGUUGAUGCCAAUUUUCAGCUCUGCUGCCUGAACGUAUCAAAUGAAGAUAAUGACCCGAGUUUGAACCGUGGCUAUGGUUACUUUGUCAAGGAAAAUUCCUUUUGGUUGUUUCUUGAGAUGUAUGGCAAAAUUAUCCUGGCAGAAGAAAAAAGCACUUGCAACAACCACGAUGCCGUCAAGCUGGCCAAUAGCCAUGGAGGUCAAGAGGUGGCAGCAACUGGUGUCGGAGCUGUAGUAUGUGGUCGCCACGAUAUGAAGUGCCCUUUAUCUGUUGGUGAUCUUCAGAAGGGUGAAAGGUACAUCAACAUGGACUACUUCGUCUUGUCAACCCUGACUUGUGAUAUGCCACCUGACCUUGUGAUUUCAUACAAUAUCGCAUGCCAGUGGCACAAGAACCUUUUUGUACGUAUCAGCAAAUAUCCAAUGGAUCUGCAACCUGGCCAACUGGAGCACAACAUACUCUAUCUUGUGCCAAAGUUCCAUUUGCUGGCGCAUAUCCUCAAGUGUCGCAACAACUUUUCCUUCAACUUCUCAGCGAAAAGAACAUGGGCUGCAACCAAUGCCUUGGCAAAUAGCACCAAGGAAAUGGGUCCAGGAUCACGUCAGGAUACCCAUGAUGACCAUUUUGGGGACUACAAUUGGCGGAAAAUUGUGAUCAUGGCACAGACACUCUGUGAAAAAUUUCGGGAUGCGUUCAAAGCACGUGUGGAGCAUGUAGCUGAAUUUAUAAGUUAUGAAGAUGCUCUGCAAAGCAAACAUGCAGAUGCCAUCAUCCAGUGGUGCUCUAUGGUGUUAACUUGGGAGCAGGAUUGCUCACAGCCUAAUCCUUUUGCCCCAACUUUACAUUUAUGCCUUGAGUUGGUCAGAGAAGAAAAGCAGGAAACCAAGAUUGAAAUUCACCAUGAUGUUAGUCCUAGCGAAUUCAUCGCUCAGGGUCUGCAAUUAGAAGAAGCACAAGUUCAACAACAAGCCAACUGCAUUUCUCGCAAGAUCGAAGCUUGGAUUGAUGUACAGAAGGUGUACAUGCCAAGAACUACUUUACUAUGUGCUAGGGAUGACGAUCGUCGUGCUCCAGGUGUUGAACGCCGGUUGCGUCUUGCCCAGGCACAUGAUACCUUAGCGACUUUACAUGAUCACCUACUGUUGAAAUCGUUUUCCCAUGGACAGUGUUAUGGGACCAAAGCAAAUGUGCUGAUGCAUAGGGUGGAGACCAAAAUACAAGCAGAUGCUGCAUGUUACAGGCAGGUUUACAUGGCCUUGGAAGCGGUAUCUACAGCGUUAGGUCAGAAGGAGUGGAAGGCAGGACUAUCUCCCUUGAAGGCGGAAGAUGUCCAUGGUUUGGAUUCAUAUAAUGAGACGACCUCGGAGGGACAGCCGUUGCACAUUGAAUGGUGCAAGUCCUGCAUGCAUGCUCAGCGAUGGCAAGAGGAGUGCGAUCUUCUGACAGAGGAGAUCUGUUGGGUUCAAGUCACUUUCCAAUAUUAUAGUGGCAUGUGGAAGGGCCGAGCCACUUGCACAGAUUUACCAGGAGCAAAAGCAUAUGCACUGAGGCAGGCCACUCUCUGGUCAGACCUUAGUGCAAGUGCGGCAACUCGAUGGAACGAAGUAUUGGCCUCUUUGCCAGCACCUUCAGUUGACUUUGAUCCGACAAUGGAUCUUGACUUGCAUGGCCAUCGAUCAUAG